AUGGUUUUUCCGCUAACAAUCCCGCUAACCGCUCAGGAGAAAAACUAUUUGCGCAUUUAUGAGCAAUGCUGUAAGAUUAAAAGAAAACUUUGUGGCAAUCGAGUAACAGAAGGUUCAAUUAGUGAGAGGGUGAAACCUAGAAAAUCGCACGAUGGAGAGGAAUGGUUGCCAAAAAAACGAUCGAAGUUACCAUCUUUUGAAAAGAAAUCAGCUGUAUUAACUGAAAAAAUGUCUCACGAAGAACUGGAGGAUGGGGAAAUUCUUGAUGAUCCUGCGGAGCCUUCAACGUCAAUCCCAACAACGUCAAUAGCCUCUACAUCAACUCCCAAAGAUUCUUCUGCCAAAUCGUGUUCGCUCAUUGUUCGUGGAAUCGACUUAACUGAAGAUAAACUUCGAAAAGUCUUCAAAUCUCAUGCUGACAUCAAUUGUAAAACUAUAACAGUGGAUUCGAAGCAAAGAAGCGCAUCAAUUGUAUGUUUUUCACGUCGAGAUGCCGAACAUGGUGUUGUUAAGAUGAAUAAUUAUCUACUGAAUGGAAUAACGAUCAAAGUGGCGAUUGAUAGAUCCACAGAAAUUCGCGCUAUUCCCGCAUCCAUUACAAUCACCAUCAACACCCAAAAGAAACCAAAGAAAGAAAGAAAAAGCGUUAGUCAUUCUCAAAAAUGUGAUAAGCCUUCAACAUCGCACCCCGCAUAA